CCACACGCAGGUCGCUCCAAGUUUCGCAUGACUGUUUUUCUCAUUGGAUCAGUCACGAAACGCCAUGUGUGUGUGUGUGUGUGUGUGUGUGUGUGUGUGUGUGUGUGUGUGUGAGUGAAGGGAGCAGCUCGUGGAUCUCCGUCGGUCGGCCAGUGAAGGGUUAACGUUACUGUACAGAUCCCGGACUGCGAGCCGGCGUCUAUAGGCUGCUCGUGUCCGCUCGCUCCACUGCUCGCUGCGCGCUACUCUACUUUCCUCAUCCCCUCAGCGAGGACCAAGGAAGAGCUCUGCACCUGCUCUGCAGACGCCUUCCAGCAUGGAUGCGUUAAAAUCCGCCGGAAGAGCAAUAAUCAAAAGUCCUGGAGUUCCGCGGCACACAUGGGGAACGUCCAAGCACGAAAAACUCCCAGAGAACUGGACGGACACCAAGGAGACACUCUUGGAAGGGAUGGUGUUCAACGUGAAGUAUCUGGGCAUGACUCUGGUUGGCCAGCCUAAAGGAGAAGACAUGGCAGCAGCUGCUAUCAGGAGGAUUGUAGCCACGGCUCGGGCCAGUGCAAAGAAGUUUCGAAAAGUGACCCUCACCGUCUCCCCCAAAGGAAUCGUCAUCUCAGACACCGAGGCCAACGACCUCAUUGAGGACGUUUCCAUUUACAGAAUAUCUUACUGCACAACAGACAAAACUCAGGAUAAGGUCUUUGCCUACGUCUCCCAAAGCCAGUUCAACGAAACUCUGGAGUGCCAUGCCUUCCUGUGCCAAAAAAAGAAAAUAGCUCAGGCUGUGACUCUGACAGUUGCACAAGCGUUCAAAGUAGCUCUGGAUCUGUGGGAGGUCGCACAGGAAGACAAAAGUAAGAAAACCCGCACAUGCUACACCUGUUCAGACCCUGAAUCUCAGCCUGAAUCUGAUGCAAACGUUGUUUCAGAGGAGGAGAAGACUCAGGCUCUGAUGGAGCACAAACUUAGGGAGCCCUUCUUCCCUUCCUUCCUUUCACCAUCUCCACGCAGCAAAGCUAGAAGACGACCAAUCAAACACGACUCCUGGGAUGCAGAAGAUGGCCUUGAUGAUGCAUUUUCAAGCAAUAUGGAGGUGGAGGAGAUGGACGCAGGUAAGUGAGACUGGCAACAUCCCGCAGCAGAACCGUGUCUGAGGAUGCAGCUGUGAGUCCAGCGGAAGAAGAUCUCCUGUCCUUCAGCAGUGAAGACUCAGACUGAACGCGCGCGCACGCACACGCACACACACACACACACACACACACAGAUCACUGUCACCAGCCUAUCAGAAAGUGUCCUGUACACACAGCACACCCCAGCACCGCACACAACGUGCACCGAACGCCUCAGCGAUGGACUCAUUCACACAACUGCCACUUAAAACAGCAACAGCACCGCAAAACAGCAGCAUAGACGUGCAUGAUUCAACUGUAGAACUCUUGAACGCCAAUGUACUUACAUUAUAAUACCGCAAGUUCAGGGUAAGUACUUGACAAAACAACAUGUGUGAAACUGCAUGUUGUUAUAUUGUAUUCAAGCGUUUGUGGAAGUAGGUCUGCUACAUAUAUCUGUAAAAAGUGUACAUUUUUUCAACACACAAUGGUGCUAUAUUGUAGAUACUUGGGUUAUAUUAUUUAAAUAUACAGUAACUGCAAACAUGUACUUGAAAGGGAGACCAAAUGUACAUUCCACAAAAAACAGCCCAGACUGAACUUUCCACUGCAAAGCUCUCUGGGUAAACAACCUAGUGCUAGAGCGUUAGGGAGCUAUAGUGAACGUUUACAAAUAGAAGGACGUAGAGUUAUUCAGGACCGAUAUUCAAUUUCAGAUACGUAUCGUGGGUCAGGGUGACGUUUGCUUAAGCAAUCAUUACAGAAUAUUUUUUUUUCUGUGAUCAUGGAUUUUUGAAAUACUUCACAAAAGCCUCAAACACUUCUGAGUUUCUUUUUCUCUUUAGGAUCCAAAAUAGUCUCGCGUCAAAUCCUUUCACACUGGCUUCCAGCCACAAGUGUUGGAUUUAUUAUUAUUAUUAUUAUUAUUAUUAUUAUUAUUAUUAUUGUUGUUGUUGUCAGUGAAACUUAAUGAUUUAAAUAUAUGCAACUAUUUACAGAACUGGAUUUUUUAACUUUCUUUUUCUUUUUAAACGAUUUCAAUACAUUCAUGAUUUGGAUCAAAAUAAACAUAUUCUGUCAAAUAAAUAUUGAGCAGAAAAGGCACAACAGUUUAUAUCUCGCUUUUUUCUAAAGGUUCUGCCAUUUCUUUGCUUUUGUAGGGACUAAAAAAUAUUAGACUCUGAAAUAAAAAUAACCUUUUGUCCAUGAGUCCAAUCGUUCUCUAGCAGCUAGCGUCACGGCCAUUCGACCCUUUUUACGUUAUAUUAAAAUGCACGCUCAGAAAUCUCUCAUCGUUUUUAAAUCAUUAAACGCUCAGUCUUUGAGCCUCAGGGGCUCCGUCAGCGUUUUACGCUUUUGUGCAUUUUUAAAUCAGAUCAAACAUAUUUAACCAUUUUCUUUCCUGCUGGACGUGGAGUAGGUUUUGUUUAAUUUGAUAGAAUCUAUGCUGUAAUAACUGUCUGCUGUAGCUGAAGGUCUUAGUUCAGUAAGUGGUGUUCUGGUUAUUUUAAUAAAUCAUAUUAAAUCUGUCAAUGGGUUAAUUAUUCAUGUUUGUCCUGAUUUGACUGUUCAUGCAUUUCACAAAAAAGAAAUUGUUUUCUGUGGAAGGAUUCGGACAACUUUCAGUGUCUUUAACAGCUGUAGUAAAAUUAUUAUUUUUAUUAUCUGAAAUGAUACAAGAAUUGUGUGUGUGAUUUUAUAAUGCGUUUUAAUUUGUUUUCGUUUAAUAGUACAAUUUGGUGCUUUAUAAAAAUCUAUGCAAUCUCUGUUUGGCUUUGUACAUAUACUAAUCUUUAUUAUUUAAACCAUUGUGAAAUCAUAAAUGAGCUCAAGAGGUCAUUUUCAUAUAUACAUAACCGGUUGAUAUUAAAUAAUGUAUAAUAAAAUAUUUGUUCAAAAACACAA